AUGAUCUGCUAUGUUCCCGUUGGCGUACGAACCCCCGAUGGCGAGAUCGAGUCAUGGUCCGCUUUGCCAUGCGGGCACCGUUUUGGAUCCUACUGUGUCAAGCGCUGGCUCGGCCUCGCAGAACAGCCUGCAUGCCCCAUAUGCCGCACGCCUAUGGUUCACGCCUGUGGGCACCCGGUGCUCCCGUUGCCUACCGUUCCCAGCAAGACCAUGAACGGAAAGGCCGAAGAGGAUGGAUACAGCGACAGUGAGAACCGCUUGAGCAAGAAGGCAGCACUCAUGUCCCAGAAUGCAUCGCCAGCAUCACAUACGAGCUCUCCUGCGGCAGGCUCCCCCGACGGCUCCACCCUCAGCCGCUCCGUCUCCCGAUUUCGUCGCAAGCGGCGUCUCAGUGUUCCAGGCUCUUCGUCUAUUCCAGUGCGGGUUCCGCUAGAUACGCAGGCGCCGUGUGAGUAUUGCUCCGUGUCCCUGGUGAAGCAGCAGUCGCAUGGCGGACCCCCGGGUGGCGUGGUCCGGCUCGCGUUUCGUGUCUUCACGCAGCAUUCGCGCAGCAACAACAACAACCAGAGCAACACAGAAAAUGCAUACUGGGAGCGUUGGCGGAAGGACAACAGCAGAGCCUUUGGAGAGUGGUGGGCAACUCAGCAGCCUCCGACAGAGCCAGCACGAGAGCUCCCUACACAAGAACUGGCCGCAGUACUUAAUUCGCUCGACAAGAUCGUAUGGAUGCGUCUGGACAAUGACACUGUACAAUUCAUUGUAGUUCCAGACAAGGGGUCGGAGGUUUGGUCAACCUUCCGCCGAGAAUUUCUCUUCGACAACUAUCUGGUCCAGUCCUUGGAUGCAGGCAAUCGUAUUGAUCUCGAACUUCCCCUGGCUUCUCUCCAGCGCGCCCUCAAGUCUGCCCUGAACAGCACCGAUGCCGUUCUUCGUCUGAGCAAGCACGAUGGCGUGCCCGUUCUGUCCAUGACCAUCCACACCAUGGCCAACCCACGGGGCGGCCUCGGAGGGUUUGGAGGGGGUGGAAGUAGUGGUAGCGGUGCUGGAGGAGCUACUAGUGGGCGAAGACCGGGAAACUACGGGCGGGAAAACACCUUUGGCGAUUCUAUCUUUGUCGACCAGGGGACGCAGGGGACGCAGCAGCGGACGCAGGCUGACGAGGAGACGUUGGAGCUGACGGUCAAGCGAGAACGCGAAAAGGUGGUCGUGCAGGACAUUCCGGUACGCGUCUUGCGCUUGGACGGAGAGCAUCGCACGCUGGAGCCCACAGUGGCCGAGGCAGACGUGAACAUCGUGCUACCGCCGCUCAUGCAGCUCAAGGCAGUGUCGGACCGGUUCACGAAGCUCGCCCACACGACAAGUGGCGGCAGCUUUAGCGGAUCCGCCAACAUGUACGGCACGUUGCGCCUGCGGCUGGUGACGGACACCCUGAGCGUGGAGACGGUGUGGAACGACCUGGAGAACCCGCCGAUGAACGAAGAAGCGCUGCCGAUGCCGCUGGCGGAACACCCGAGCACCAAGUUCCUUGAGGCUGGACCGGACAAGUUUGCUACAGUGCUGGUGGACGGCCGGGACUGGAGUCGGGUGCUUAGCGUGGGCCGGCUGGACGGACGAGUCAUCGCCUGCUUUAACGACACCAAGACGUUGGUGUUGCAUGUGUACGUGUCGCAGCCAGACGAUGCAGACGAUGCGACAGAAACAAGCUCAAUCACGUACUAUGUAACUUCGUACAGCACGUGA